AUGGUGGACGAUGCUGCGCUUCGGCGGCACCAGGAACUUGAACAAAAGCGUGCCGAGCUGGCCAGGCUCAAAAUGGAACGUCAGAUGAGGACUGCAGGUCGUCAGACUCUACCAGCUUCCGCCGCCUCGAAUGGUGUGAAUGGAUCUUUGCAAGAUAAUGGUAAUUGUUUUUCUUCUAUUGUGUUGGUGUUUACUUUUUCUGCGGCCUAUGAAUCAGAAAUUCGUUCAUCACAGCCAUGGAUAAUUUAAAUUUUCUUCAGGAAAUGGUAUAAGACAAGUGUUGUCCACACAAAACAUGGACGACUUGCUGGCAGAGGUCGGUAUAGCCCCUGCGCCGAGUUUGCCGAUGAAUGCGUCGGCUCCGAACUUCAUGGUGAAUGGUUAUGGAAAAGUAGGCGACGAUGCGUCUAGUGAAGAACCUGUUGCUUUGGUUUGUGUUUUUUGGCCUUUUAUUGUGUGGACUUCUAUUUUGUGUUCUUUCUAUCGUUUUUUCUUCGGCGUUUCUUUAUGUUUGAGUUGAUCUAUUAUUGUGAUAUUACUCGUUUUGAAAAAAAUCUUUGUAGGACGCCAAUUUGAAUCGCCGGCCGACGGCAUGUGAGAUUGUCCACAACUCCAGUAUUAGUGUUCACCCAAAGAAUGAUGUUAAAUACUCCAAAGUCACACAAACAAUGGAUAUUGACAGUCACAUGGACAACUUCAGUACUGGCUCAGCUGAUGGAUUUGAAUUUGAUGACAUCAGUGUGGAUGGAAGGCAUGACACUAUCGGUGAUUUGGAUCUUGAUGGAAGUCUGGCAAUUGACAAGAUUCUGGGGAAAGUCAGAACAACCGAGCCUGUAGGUUUAUAUUAUUUUUGGUUAGAACUUUAGGGGUUUCGCAUAUGAGUGAUUUUCAAGCCUGAAACUGUCGUCUGGGUGUUUGAGAAGACUUAUUUGAGGGCUGAGUUUACAUGAAACUUAAUAAUUUUUGUAUUUUUAAUUUCAGGCCGAAGAGAAACACGAAGAAAAAGAACAUGUUCUGAAGGCCAAGAAACUACCUCCCCUCACAGAACAAGAGAAAGAGAAGAUCCUUCAUGACGAUGGCUUCCAAAAGUUUGUCCUCAGAGCUUCAAGGCUCUUCGAACGGGCCUUUGCCGGUGAUUCCGUGGCCGAUAUUGCGACCGACUAUCAGUCGGACAUGGAUAACAUACAUUCGGACGCUUUGUUGACACUGAAAUCAACCUUCAAUUGCGAAAAAUACCUCCAGAAUCAAAGAGGAUACGGUGUGGAGUUUUGCGAUGCCCAUCCUGAACUAAUGGCGGUGCUCGUGAACGGAGAACCGGAUGGAAAAGGUGGCCCAACAGGUAUAAUCAACCUCUGGAAUACGGUUUAUCCCACUCCAAAUCCAGAGUAAGUUGAGUUCAAGAGUUUUUGAUAUUGUUUCGGAGUUUAGGCUAGUUUUCCACGCCACCGCGAAGGUUCGAUCAGUUUGUUUUUCACGCUUCCACCCAAAGUUGGUCCUUGGCGGAUGUGAAACGGGACAAUUAUGUGUGUGGGACAUGCGAAACAACAAGAAGAUUCCGGUGUCGAGGAGUCAAAUCAGCGCCAGAGGACAUACCCAGACGAUAAAUGGGAUGCAUGUGGUUGGAACACACCAUUCUCAUAACCUAAUGACCACAUCCGUGGACGGUGUCAUCUGUUGGUGGAGCUUGGAUAAUAUGCAUUCGCCGGUCGAAAAAAUCUCGGCUUCUGGAGUCCCUACGAAAAAACAGGUAAGUAGAUGGGCCUAGAAAGCAUUUGGAGAGGCGUUUGAGGAGGGAGAGACAUUAAUUUAUAUUGAUUUAGCUGUCCAUCAUGUCUUCGGAUAUCUUCCUCAACGGAUUCGACAAGUUUAUUCUGGGUGGCGAAGAUGGUUGCCUAUAUUUGGGAGAGCGUCAUGACGCCCAAGGACAAAUGUCACGCGAAAUUAACGGUGAGUCCAUAGGAAAUUUUAGUUUUAUAUUAAACUAGGUAGUAUAAUAUGAGGUUGAUGUUUUUUAUCUCGAUUUUUUAGUCCAUGACGGCUCAGUGCAAUGCGUCGCCCUCCAUAAGACUCCAGGACCGGCGGAUUUUUCGAAUUAUUGCCUAACCGGCUCGAUGGACUUUGAUAUGCACCUCUGGAAUCUCCAGGAACCCUCCGAACCGGUCCUUUCCUUCCGUCAUAAGCAUGGAUACACAUCCAUCACGGACAUUAAAUGGUCUCCAAUCCAUCCAGCGGUCUUUGUCUCGUCUUCACUAAACGGCAAAUUCUAUUUGUGGAAUCUGAACACGGACACGGAGGAUCCAGUGGCAACGAUGGACUUUGGCCAGCCAAUCCAGCGAGUUUGCUGGAGCAAAGAUGGCCAUCAUGUGGUGGGAUUGGGCUUCGACGGCAGCGCACAGUUCUACGAAGUCCACGAAACUUUGAAGAAUGUAAAACAUUCCGAAUGGGAUGUCAUGUCCGGGUAAGAGAUCAGAUGUCUAGUGUAAUGUCUAUUUUGGUGAUAAUUGAGGAAAUUUUUGAUUUUUUGGUGUUUGUAACUGUUUCAACAUUAAAAAUAGGAAAUUAUAAAUUUGUUUAGAGGUUCAUAGAGUUUUAUAUUUUUUGGAAAAUAUUGUUUUAGACCGGAUUUUGGCCUAGGGUAACAUAAAAUUUUCAUUUUUUCCGAUUUUUAACCGAUUUUUACUUGAAAAUUGAGAUGAAAUGUGCUUUUUAUAACUUGAUGACGAUUUCAGAGUCCUCUAUGAAGCCCUCCAAGACUCGAAGCCAGUGGAUUUUCAAGGCAAAUCCUUCCCAAGAAGAAUCUCAUCUCAACAGGUUUGA